CUCUCCGCGCUCGCGGGGACCCCGGCGAUCGCCUUGGGGAGGGGAGACGACCAUGGCCAUAGCUCGUGACUCGCCUCCCCGCCAGUUCCCCUAGACGGAGGUCCUUGGGGGAAAAAAAAAAAAGUUGCAUUUAAAAGAAAAAUCCUUGCGCUGACCUCUGGGGUUGUGGGGGUCGAAGCAGCGGGCGCGCGGGUGCAGGCAGGAAAGGUGCGUGUGUGUUGUGUGCAUGGGGGCCGGUGGCGGGGGGACCCUCCGCGGCCACUCUGCCUGGCGUUGCGCUGAGGCUCCGGCCCCCGCCCCCGGGACGCCGGGGCUGCGAUGAGCCCCUGCGGGCGGGCCCGGCGACCCACGUCCAGAGGGGCCAUGGCCAUUCUGGCGUGGAAGUUGCCGCGGACCCGGCUGCCGGUGGGAGCCAGUGCCCUCUGCGUCGUGGUCCUCUGCUGGCUCUACGUCUUCCCAGUCUACCGACUGCCCAACGAGAAGGAGAUCGUGCAGGGGGUGCGGCAACAGGGCACGGCGUGGAGGAGGAACCAGACAGCGGCCGGAGCCUUCAGGAAACAAAUGGAAGACUGCUGUGACCCCGCCCAUCUCUUUGCUAUGACUAAAAUGAAUUCCCCCAUGGGGAAGAGCAUGUGGUACGACGGGGAGUUUCUGUACUCAUUCACCAUUGACAAUUCCACAUAUUCUCUCUUCCCCCAGGCAACCCCAUUCCAGCUGCCAUUGAAGAAAUGCGCGGUGGUGGGCAAUGGUGGGAUUCUCAAGAAGAGUGGCUGUGGCCGUCAAAUAGAUGAAGCAGAUUUUGUCAUGCGAUGCAAUCUUCCUCCCUUGUCAAGUGAAUAUACGAAAGAUGUUGGAUCCAGAAGUCACUUGGUGACAGCUAACCCCAGCAUCAUUCGGCAGAGGUUUCAAAACCUGCUGUGGUCCAGAAAGACGUUUGUGGACAACAUGAAAAUCUAUAACCACAGCUACAUCUACAUGCCUGCCUUUUCUAUGAAGACGGGGACCGAGCCAUCCCUCCGGGUUUAUUAUACACUGUCAGAUGUCGGUGCCAACCAAACAGUGCUUUUUGCCAAUCCCAACUUUCUCCGUAGCAUUGGAAAGUUCUGGAAAAGUAGGGGAAUCCAUGCCAAGCGCCUGUCCACAGGACUCUUUCUGGUGAGCGCAGCCCUGGGCUUCUGCGAGGAGGUGGUCCUCUAUGGCUUCUGGCCCUUCUCUGUGGAUAUGCACGAGCAGCCCAUCAGCCACCACUACUAUGACAACGUCUUGCCCUUCUCUGGCUUCCAUGCUAUGCCGGAGGAAUUUCUCCAGCUCUGGUAUCUGCACAAAGUCGGUGCAUUGAGAAUGCAGCUAGACCCGUGUGAGGACACCUCCCUCCAGCCCACUUCCUAGGGACACUGGAAGAAGGAAGGACCGAGCCAGGGUAUUUUUGUUAGCUUUUCUACAUGACUGUAGAAGGGGAAUGGUCACGCUGUUUCAUGGAUUUUCAUAGACCACUUGGAAACAGAACAACCAAACUCCAUGCAAAACUUUGCUUUUAGUAAUGGCUGGGAGGACAAAUAAGAAAUGAACUGUCCUGUGAAACAUUUUAUCACCCGCCAUGGAUUUGCAACUAGUACAAGGCUGAUGAAGCAGUGUUUGUGAAGCACACGUCCAUGGGUCACAUCUUGAAGAUGCAAUUGAAAAACAAGGCAAACUCUAGUCAUUGAGGAGGUAGAAUAAAGUCUACCUGCAGGGGCAGACGUGUUGCCAAUUGUCAACAUAAACCGGCUUCAUGAUAACAAUAAAACCUGUCUUAUUAAGACUGGCAUUAGAACUAUAGGUUUUUUAAAAAGUAUUAUUUAUUUUUGCCCUAUUUUGGGGCCAUGGGUAUGGGGUAGAUUUAAAAAAAAAAUCCCUUACUGAGUAAUAGGGGUACAAAAUGCUACAGCUGAUCAUUGUGGUUUGUUGAACCAAGUCUAUAUAACUGUAGUUCGCAUCCAUUUAAAAAAGUUUAAAUAAGAAUUGCUUCUUCCCCCUGUGUCAAGUCUGCUUAGGCAACAUGAAGCAAUGUUGAAUUCAGACUGUGUUGAUUCUCAGUCCAGAAAAUACGAGCCACUUUCCCUCCUCAGAAUGUAAGCUUUAAACUCAAUUUUAGGUCUGUAAGCCUGUUUGCAUUGUUACUAUGAUUUGAGUGUGAAGUGACCAAGUGCGAGUGCGUUAGUAGUGUAUGAAUUGGCAUCAUUGUCUUCAUAAUUUAUUGUUAGGGGCUGAAGCUGAGCACAGUGCUGUACAGUCUGUGGAUUACAGGCCAGAAGGCAAGUCCCUUUGGAAGA